AUGAUCUCAGAAAGGGACUCCGAGACCACCCUGGAUGAGGACUCGCAGCCCAACGACGAGGAGAUGCCCUACAGCGACGACGAGACGGAGGAGGAGCUGGAGAGCAGGCAGCCCGCGGCCGAGCCGGGGCAGCGCCGAGCCGACGGCGCCGCCCAAGGGGGCGGCCGGACACUGCGCAGGGACUACAGCUGGCAAGUGAAAGCCAACGAUCGGCGCUUCCACGAGCAGCCCCAGUUCCAGAGGACAGUGUUCCUGGGCUUCAAGAGGAGCAAGUAUGCAGGCAAUGCCAUCAAGACCUACAAGUACAACCCCAUCACUUUCCUGCCCCUGAACCUCUUGGAGCAGUUCAAGCGAGCAGCCAACUUCUAUUUCUUGGUGCUUCUCAUCCUGCAGUCCAUUCCUCAGAUAUCCACCCUGGCAUGGUACACCACGCUGGUGCCCCUGCUCCUGGUGCUGGGCAUAACUGCAGUCAAAGACCUGGUGGAUGACAUCGCUCGCCACAGGAUGGACAGGGAGGUGAACAACAGGAGGUGUGAGGUCAUCAGGGACGGCAGGUUCAAGGCCACCAAGUGGAAAGAUGUCAAGGUUGGGGAUAUCAUCCGCCUGAGGAAGAACACUUUUGUUCCUGCUGAUGUGCUGCUGCUCUCCAGCUCGGAACCCAACAGCCUGUGCUACGUGGAGACAGCUGAGCUCGACGGGGAGACCAACCUGAAGUUCAAGAUGGCCCUGGAGGUGACACACAGACACCUUCAGGAGGAGGGUGCCAUGGCAGACUUCGAUGGUCUGGUGGAAUGUGAGGAGCCCAACAACCGGCUGGAUAAGUUUGCAGGGACACUGGUGUGGAAGCACAGGAGCUACCCCCUGGAUGCUGACAAGGUGCUGCUGCGUGGCUGCAGGAUCAGGAACACAGACUUCUGCCAUGGCAUGGUGAUAUUUGCAGGUGCUGACACAAAGAUCAUGAAGAACAGUGGGAAGACCAGGUUUAAAAGGACCAAAAUCGACUCCCUCAUGAACUACAUGGUCUACACUAUCUUCGUGGUGCUGCUCCUGCUGUCGGCCGGGCUGGCCAUUGGGCACACCUACUGGGAGCAGCAGGUGGGCAACGCCUCCUGGUACCUGUACGACGCGCAGGCCAGCAGCCCCCCCUCCCGCGGCUUCCUCACCUUCUGGGGCUACCUGAUCGUGCUCAACACCAUGGUGCCCAUCUCCCUCUAUGUCAGCGUGGAGGUGAUCCGCUGGGGCCAGAGCUGCUUCAUCAACUGGGACCUGCAGAUGUACUGCCCCGAGAGGGACUGCACUGCCAAGGCCAGGACCACCACGCUGAACGAGCAGCUGGGGCAGAUCCGCUACGUCUUCUCGGACAAGACUGGCACGCUGACCCAGAACGUCAUGAGCUUCCACAAGUGCUGCAUCAACGGCCUCACCUACGGAGACUGCCGGGACAGAACAGGGCAGCUGCAGAGCCACCCAGAGCAAGUGGACUUCAGCUGGAACAAGCACGCAGAUGGGAAGUUCCUGUUCUAUGAUCACUACCUGAUAGAGCAGAUCAGGUCUGGGAAGGAGCCAGAGAUUCACCAGUUCUUCUUCCUGCUGGCCAUCUGCCACACGGUCAUGGUUGACACUUGUGAUGGCCAGCUCAGCUACCAGGCAGCCUCCCCGGACGAGGGGGCCCUGGUGACAGCAGCCAGGAACUUUGGGUACGUGUUCCUGUCCCGCACACAGAACAGCAUCACCAUCAGCGAGCUGGGGCUGGAGAGGACUUACCAGGUGCUGGCCAUGCUGGACUUCACCAGCGACAGGAAGCGCAUGUCCGUCAUCGUGAGAGGGGCAGAUGGAGGCAUCAGGCUGUACUGCAAGGGGGCUGACACGGUGAUCUACGAGCGGCUGCACCCCUGCAACCCCCAGAGGCAGGCCACGGAGGAAGCCCUGGAUAUCUUUGCAAGUGAAACCCUGAGGACACUCUGCCUGUGCUACAGGGACAUCAGCCAGGGGGAGUUUGAAGCCUGGAAUAAAAAGUUUCUGGAGGCCAGCAUAGCGAAAUCUAACCGUGAUGAGGCCCUGGACAAAGUGUAUGAGGAGAUAGAGAAGGACUUGAUUCUGCUCGGUGCCACUGCUAUCGAAGACAAACUACAGGACGGAGUUCCAGAAACCAUUUCCCGGCUGUCAAAAGCAGACAUCAAAAUCUGGGUGCUAACUGGUGACAAGAAAGAGACUGCUGAAAACAUUGGCUUUGCUUGUGAGCUCCUCACAGAGGAAACAACCAUCUGCUAUGGAGAAGACACCAGUGCACUGCUGCAAACCAGGCUGGAAAAUCAGAGGAACAGAGGUGGCUCAGGUGUGCCUUCCUCUCUCAGGAUGAAGGAGCCCUUCUUCCAGGGUGGCAAAGAUCGAGCUCUGAUCAUCACUGGCUCCUGGCUGAACGAGAUCCUGCUGGAGAAGAAGAAGAGGAGGAAGAAGCUGAAGCUGAAGUUCCCUGGGCCAGCAGAGGAGAAGCAGCAGCAGGAGCAGCAGGAGAAGAGGCGGAGGGCGGAGGUGCAGAAGGAGCAGCGGCAGAGGAACUUCGUGGAGCUGGCCUGCGAGUGCCGGGCGGUGAUCUGCUGCCGUGUGACGCCCAAGCAGAAGGCCCUGGUGGUGGAGCUGGUGCAGAAGUACAAGAAGGCAAUCACCCUGGCCAUCGGGGAUGGCGCCAACGACGUCAGCAUGAUCAAAACUGCCCACAUCGGGGUCGGCAUCAGCGGCCGGGAGGGGAUGCAGGCUGUCAUGUCGAGCGACUACUCCUUCGCGCAGUUCCGCUACCUGCAGAGGCUGCUGCUGGUGCAUGGCCGCUGGUCCUACAUCCGCAUGUGCAAGUUCCUCAGAUACUUCUUCUACAAGAACUUUGCCUUCACGCUGGUCCACAUCUGGUAUUCCUUCUUCAACGGCUUCUCUGCCCAGACAGCCUAUGAGGACUGGUUCAUCACUCUAUACAACGUGCUGUACUCCAGCCUGCCGGUGCUGCUCAUGGGGCUGCUGGACCAGGACGUGAGCGACAAGCUGAGCCUGCGGUUCCCCAGGCUGUAUGUCCUGGGGCAGAAGGAUUUGCUGUUCAACUACCAGAAAUUCUUUCUGAGCUUGCUUCACGGAGCUCUAACUUCCUUGAUCAUCUUCUUCAUCCCCUAUGGAGCUUACCUGAAAACCAUGGGCCAGGAUGGAGAGGCCCCUUCAGACUAUCAGUCGUUUGCAGUCACAGCAGCCUCCUCUCUCAUAUUCGUGGUCAAUCUCCAGAUCAGCCUGGACACCUCCUACUGGACCUUUGUGAAUGCCUUUUCCAUCUUUGGGAGCAUUGCACUUUACUUUGGCAUCACGUUUGACUUCCACAGUGCUGGCAUCCACGUGCUCUUCCCUUCUGGCUUUCAGUUCACAGGAGCGGCUCCCAACGCCCUGAGGCAGCCCUACCUCUGGCUGACCAUGGUUUUGUCAGUUGCUGUGUGCCUGCUUCCCGUGGUGGCUCUGCGCUUCCUCUGCAUGACCCUUUGGCCGCUGGACAGCGACAGAGUCCGGCAGCAGCGCAGGAAGCUGCUGGCCGACGAGCUGCAGUGGCAGCGGCGGCCGAGCGCGCUGCGCCGAGGGGUGUCCGCCCGCCGCUCAGCCUACGCCUUCUCGCACCAGCGCGGCUACGCCGACCUCAUCGCCUCGGGCCGCAGCCUGCGCAAGCGCCGAGCACCGCUCCAUGCCCUGCUGGGCAGCGCCGCCGGGGCCGAGCCGGCUCCCGAGAGCAGCUGA